ACAUUCAAACAUCGUGGUUUGUCGAUGGUGAGAGAAUCGUUGUUGUACCUUGCAGACAUCCGAUCAACCAACUAUUUGCGCCGUGCAAUUUCAGCUCAGGUUCAAAUUCUUGAAGAAGAUCAGACGUUGCUAGCCGGACCUCUCAUUUAUCGCCCAGGCAGUCGAUGACUCGAUAGAUCUGGGUUUCCUACGCAUUCACGUGCUUCAAGCCGUUUUCUUCCGUUCCUAUCUGCACCACCUACAUCCAGGCUGAUUAAUUCAUCUACAUUUCGGCAUCGCUUCUUUUCCACAGUAUUCAAUUUAUAUCAACUCCAAUCUUUGCAUACUGCAAGCAUUUAUCUCUCGUCUGCAGCUGCCAAUCACGCCGGCGGCGGCCUCCUUCUGCCGCAAUGGCAAGUUCGAAGCCGGCCAACGCCGACUCCGCGGAAGCCUUGCACGGACUCCUCAACGAUGUGCUGAUUCAAACUGGCAAGGCAUUGAAGUCCCAGAAUAGGGAAGGUAGGUCUCAGGCUCAGGCUCAGAUUUCGUUACAAUCAAAGCUGCCAGAGAUUAUUGAGACAUUUCACUGGAAGCUGGAUGACCUGGAGAGUGAGAUAAUGAGGGCAAAGGCGGCGUUGCAAAGAGACCUGGACCGGUUCCGGCAACAGAGACAGCCCGUGGAGCAACCCGCACCGAUAGAGGCGCAGACAAGAUCCCCCAUCGCCAUCGGCCUCGACUCAUCGUCUCGGGAGGUGUCCCCCGAGAACAAGGCCCUGGUCACGGAGGCCACGGGCCCGCACCGCGUCCCCGCAGAACCGAGCGCAGCUCCAUCGAUGGCUCCGUUCCCCGACAUGGGAGUCAGCUUCCAGCCAGAACCGGAGCCGGAGCCUCCAGUGAAGCAUGAGACAACCCCCGCACCGCCGGCCAUAAUGGUGCCCAUAGGCGAAGUUAAGGCGGAGCCGAACCUUACCCCUCCGACAUCGCAGCCCCAACCAUCAGGCGCUCCGGAGGCGCCGAUGGAUGACAUGUUCAACCUCAAUGGCGGCGGCGGCGGCGGCGGCGGUGGUGUUGAUACCGCUGUUGGCGGCAAUGAAGCAAACGAUGCCGAGUUCCACUUCACGGACAUGACUUUCAGCCUGGCUCCGGCCAACAACGAUCCACAGCCCCAGCCUAGGGCACAGGAAGCGCCGAUGGACAUAUCGUUCGGCUCGAGCGACAUGGGAGGCGACCUCCUGUCACUCGACAACCUGCUCCCUCAAGACAACAACGCCUCAAAGCAGGAACCGGAAGGCCGAGCCGUCCCUGCGCCUCCCACAGUCGUAGCCGCAGCGCCAACUACAGCAGCCAGCCAACAGAAGCCCGCGGAAGCCAAGAUGGAGAGGCAGGACUCGAGCCUAGACGAGCUGUUUGCCCUCAACGGCAACACGGGCAUGGAUGACAUGGACCUUGACAUGAACAUGGGUGGUGAAGGUGGGGAAGGCAACAACUUUGACGACAUGAUGUUCUUCGACGAUACAGAGAUGGAACAUGGCAAGUUCGACGAGGACUUCUUUCAGAUUCAGUAGGCGGGUGGUAGCCUGGGCUCACAGUAUAGCCUGCAGGCUUUAGCGUUUGCAUGUUAGGAGGAGCAUAACCCGCAGUUUUUAGGUAUUUGAUUUCGGAGCCGGGAAAAGUAGUCACUUCUUUGGGUGGUGGUUCUGGAGGCUUCAGUUAAAACGGAGGCUCUCCCGGUUUGCCUCAAGUGUGAGACUCAUAUGUUGAC